AUGGCCGCGAAACGUCCUUUCAGCGCGAUGAACGCAAAGCCCGCCGAUGAUGAUCCUGUAGACCCGUCCGACGAGCUCAUGUUUCUGGCUUUGGGAGGAGGCAAUGAAGUGGGAAGAUCAUGUCAUAUCAUACAAUACAAGGGCAAGACGGUCAUGCUAGACGCUGGCAUCCAUCCCUCGUAUGAAGGACUCGGUGCUUUGCCUUUCUACGACGAGUUCGACUUGAGCACCGUUGAUCUACUUCUCAUCACGCAUUUCCACCAAGACCACUCCGCAUCACUACCAUACGUCCUCGCAAAAACCAAUUUCGCCGGCCGUGUCUACAUGACCCAUCCGACAAAAGCCAUCUACAAAUGGACGACUCAAGACGCCGUCCGUGUGCACAACACACACACCCCUGCAUCCUCCACAUCAGGGACAGAUGGCUACGUUAGCCAGCUGUACACCGAACAGGAUAUUCUCUCUACAUUGCCCAUGAUUCAGACCAUCAGCUUUCACACAACUCACUCCCACAACGGCAUCCGCUUCACCCCAUAUCCGGCAGGCCAUGUAUUAGGAGCUUGCAUGUAUUUGAUUGAGAUUGCCGGUCUCAACAUUCUCUUCACUGGCGAUUACAGUCGUGAGACAGAUCGCCAUCUCAUUCCAGCCGCAGUGCCACGGAAUGUGAAAAUUGACUGCCUCAUCACGGAAUCGACCUUCGGCAUCAGCACUAGGACGCCUCGACAAGAGCGUGAAAAUGCUCUCAUCAAGUCCAUCACCGGCAUCCUAAAUCGUGGAGGUCGUGUCCUCAUGCCUACCACGGCUGUCGGCAAUACGCAGGAGCUCAUGUUGAUCUUGGAAGACUACUGGCAAAGACACGAAGAGUACCGUCGCUUCCCAAUGUACUACGCCUCAGGCCUCGCAAAGAAGGUCAUGAUCGUGUAUCAGACAUACGUGGAGACAAUGAACGACACUAUCAAAGCUAAAUUCCAAGCCUCCGCGGCCGCUGCAUCAGACUCAUCAGGAGCCGGUGGACCUUGGGACUUCAACUUCAUCCGCCAGCUGAAGAGCAUGGAUCGGUACGAAGAUGUCGGGCCAAGUGUCGUACUUGCAAGUCCUGGUAUGCUGCAAAAUGGUCCAAGUCGAACUCUACUCGAACGGUGGGCUCCCGAUGCGAAAAAUGGAGUGAUCAUCACCGGCUACAGCGUGGAGGGCACCAUGGCCAAGACGAUCAUGACCGAGCCAGACUCCAUCCCUGCAGUCACCGGCAAGAAGAACACAGGCAUGAACAUCGGCAAACGACCUGGAGCUCUAGCCGACGGCGAGAGGCAGAUGAUCCCCAGAAGAUGUACCGUUCAGGAAUUCAACUUCGCCGUCCACGUUGAUGGGCAGGAGAAUCGAGAAUUCAUUGAAGAGGUUGGAGCGCCCGUCGUGAUUCUCGUUCAUGGCGAGAAACACAACAUGAACCGUCUCAAAAGUCGAUUGCUCGGUCUCGGAAAGAUGAAGGUCUAUUCUCCAGCAAACUGUGAAGAAGUCCGCAUACCUUUCCGACAGGACAAACUCGCCAGAGUCGUGGGUCGUCUUGCAAGUCAAAUUUCUCCGCCGACUCUCCUUCCCAGCCCGCCCGCCUCCAGCGAAGACGACGAAGAAGACACGGCAGACGGAGAGUCCAAGAAGAUCAAGUCAGAACAGACGCAAUCUACCGGCGGCCAACUCGUCACCGGCGUCCUCGUCCAGAACGACUUCAAACUCAGUUUAAUGGCGCCCGAAGACCUUAAAGAGUACGCCGGCCUCACGACCACCACCAUCGUAUGCCGGCAACGCAUCACCCUCGGCGCCGCAGGCAUCGAUCUCAUCAAAUGGGCUCUGGAGGGCACCUUCGGCACAGUCGCGACCGUCACACCCGAAGAGAAGGUGGAGACAAAUGGCUCGUCGGGUAAGAAAGAGGACGCGGACGAAGAAGUGCCAAGGCACAAGGACACAACAUUCGAAGUCAUGGGCGGCUGCGUCCUCGUCACCUGCCGCGAACGCGGAGAACUGGAGCUAGAGUGGGAAGGCAACGCCACGAACGACAGCGUAGCAGACGCCGUGAUGGCAGUGUUGAUGACGGUGGAGAGCUCGCCGGCGGCGGUGAAGCAGAGCAGCCGACAACAUGCGCACGAUCACUUUGGAGAUGACCCAGUCGAGGAAGAUGGUGUCAAUGGGGAUGGAGGGAAGAAGGGCAAGAAUCCGCAUGCGAAUGUGAGUCCUGAGGAAAAGUUGGGGAGGUUGUGUAUGUUUCUUGAAGCGCAGUUUGGGGAGGAUUGUGUGGGUCCAAUCGCGAGGCCGAAGAUGCCUGCUGUGGAGAAUGGUGCAGACGGAGAGGAGGAAGAAGUCGACGAGGUGGAGAGGGAGAAGGCUGAGGCGGCGGAGUUGACGAGGCUGCAUGCGCUGGGCAUUCCAGUGCCCGGGCUGGAGAUCAAGGUGGACAAGGCAGUGGCGAAGGUGUGGUUGGAGAGGUUGGAGGUGGAGUGUGGGAACCGGACGUUGGGAGAUCGGGUGAGAGCAGUGGUGGAGAGGGCGGUGGAUACCGUUGCGCCACUGUGG